AUGAUGUCCUUCGUCUCUCUGCUCCUGGUGGGCAUCUUGGUCCCUGCCACCCAGGCCAGGCUGUUAACGAGAUGUGAGCUGUUCCAGGAGCUGAAGGAGAUGGACGGCUACCAGGGCGUCACCCUGCCGGAAUGGAUCUGUAUUAUAUUUCAUAGCAGUGGUUGUGACACGCAAGCCGUAGUCAGUAACAACGGCACUACAGAAUAUGGACUUUUCCAGAUCAGUAACAAGUUUUGGUGUAGAGACAACCAGAAUCUGGACUCAGAGAACCUCUGUGACAUCUCCUGUGACAACUUGGUGGACAAUGACCUCACUGAUGACAUGAUGUGCGCUCGGAAGAUCCUUGAUAAAGAAGGAAUUGACCACUGGUUGGCUCGAAAACCGCUCUGCUCUGAGAAGCUGGAACAGUGGCGCUGUGAGAAGCCCUAAGGCUUGUUGGCCCUGCGGCUCCCGUCCUCUCUGCGUUCCUGGAACUCCUCUUUCCCCAAGGCUACCUCAGUUUGCUCCUUUUUAUCCCCUUGAUGUUAACUUACCUCUGCGCUCUGGGCCCUGUGGGAGACCCCUGGACGCUGGAGGACGGUUCUCCAGGGACACAACUGGUGCACUGGACUUUGCUCCUGCUCAGUUUCCCUGACGAUACUUUCAGGACAAUGGAUUCCACCUCUCUUCUGAAUAAAGCGCUUCAUCUUCA